AUGGUCGCGCACACAAUCUCCCCCGUCUCCCAUUUCCAGUUCACAUUCAGCAACAUCCCGAACUCAUCACAGUUCUUUGGUUCCUUUCCAACUGUUGCUACGCGGUGGAUGGUGGCACAGUGGCACUCAACACAGCACAUUCCAAACCGCUAUGGGGCCAGCAACAGCAACAAACGGUGGUACAGUUUUGCAAAAAACCCCGUGGCUUCCAUUUCUCCUCAUAACCUCACCCCCAAUCGUUUUCACUUCUCGUUGUGUCUCCCGGCGGCGAUUUGGAGGCGGUGGUGCUGGGAAGUUGACGACACCGGCGAUCUCGCGGCGGACGCCGCCGCGGGGAAGGAGGAGUCGAAGAUGGAACCCGCGAGCAAGGGCCCGAAGCUGCGGUGGCCAGGCGAUGGCCCGCCGCGCUACGGAGUAUUUGAAGACCAGUUCACGGUAGAAAUAAACCAUGGUGGAUUUUUUUCCGGAUUUGGUUCAGCUAAGAGAUAUGUAGAUGGUGCAGUAGCUCUGUUUGACCGAUGCGAGGCAGACACAUGGUCGCCUUUGUGGCUUACUGGUUUUAUGGAGCAGCUAGGGUAUACAAACCCAGUGGAUUAUAGUUUGUAUUGGUUGCUCCCGGGUAAAGAUUUCGGAUCAGGACUGCGCAUAGUGGACAGUGAUGUAGAUACACUGCAAAUGAUUGCUGUAGUGCCAAAAUUUCAGUAUUUUCAGUUGUUUGUGGAUCACAAGAAACUGAAUACUGGCACAACUGCAAGUAUUGAUGAUGUUGUCAUAUGUGGAUCUCCUGAAUUGGUAAUAGUGUCGAGCCCAAUGUCUGAGAAAAAUAAGGGGAAAUCAGCAGCAGAUAGUACCAAUGCAUCAAAGCAACAACAACAUGCUGGCCAUGAGACCAGAAGAAGCAGGAGGAAGCUGUCUGUAGAAGAGGAAGCGGAUGAUGACAGUGAAGACAGUGAAGAUAGUGAUCUUGAUUCUGAUUGGGUGGACUCUGAAAAUGAGCUAGAAGCAGAUGAUGACAAUUUGUUUGAUGAAUGGGUAGAUGAAACAUAUGAGGCAAACAAAAAGAGUAGCAGCAAAUGUCAUGAAGACAGUGAUUAUGACACAGAUGCAGAUUUGGAGGAGCUUGAAGAUUCAGACAUUCCAGAGGCAAGUUCAGGUGAUGAAGUGGUAGUGAAGGACAAGCACGGAAGGAAGAAGUUGAAGAAAAAAGUUAAGCUCAAAAGGUGGAGGCCAGAGAAUAUGAAAGAAUUGGAAUUCAAGAUUGGAAUGGUUUUUAUGUCAGUAUAUGAGCUUAGAGGAGCAAUACAGGAAUACAUUGUGCGGCAGAGAGUUGGUGUUAAUUAUAUAAAGAAUGAUCAACAGAGAAUUAGGGCAUGCUGUGAGGGAAAAUGCCCAUGGUACCUGUAUGCUGCACCUUGUAGCAUUACCAAAUCUUGGACUAUCAAGAAGUAUCAGCCAGAACACAAGUGGGAGAGAGAUUUUAGGAUCAAGCAAUUCACAGCAAGAUACCUAGCUGGUAAAUACUUGGAGAAGUUCAGGGCUGAUGACAAGAUGUCGUUGAAGAAUUUUUCUAGGCUAGUUGAGCAGGAUUUCAACAUGUCAGCUAGUAGAAGCAAGUUACAGAGGGCCAGAAGGUGUGCGCUGAAGCAAAUUCAUGGAGAUGAACUGGCACAAUAUAAUUUGCUAUGGGAUUUUGCUGCUGAAAUUAGAAGAUCAAAUCCAGGGAGCACUAUGUUUGUCAAUGCACAUGCUAGUGUGUUUCAAAAUUGCUACAUGUCACUCGAUGCUUGUAGGAGAGGCUUUAUGGCAGGUUGCAGGCCUAUUAUAGGUAUUGAUGGGUGCCACAUGAAAAAUAAAUUUGGUGGUGUGUUGCUUGCAGCUGUUGGAGUUGAUCCAAAUGAUUGUAUAUACCCUCUAGCCAUUGCCAUUGUUGAAGUGGAAGAUACAAACACUUGGAAAUGGUUUUUGGGCACACUGAAGGAUGAUCUUCGCAUUGAGAACACUAGGCCUUGGAAGUGUAGGGUCUGAUCAAUGUAGUCAAUGCAUUAUGGCCUGAUGCACAACACAGGUUCUGUGUAAGGCAUUUACACCAGAACUUUGCGAGAGCUGGUUGGAGAGGAUAUAUUUAAAAAAAUAAAUUGUGGCAAAUUGCUAGAGCAACAAGGGAGUGUGACUGGCAGAGGCACAUGGAUGAUAUGAAAGCACUGGAUGAAGGUGCAUUUGAAUACUUGAAUGCUAUUGAUCCUAGACAAUGGUGCAAGGCUUUCUUUGAGGAUCUGCCCAAAUGUGAUUUGCUUCUGAACAACAUAUGUGAUUCAACAAGUAUAUACUUGAUGCUAGAGAACUGCCUGUAGUUACUGGUUUGAAAAAGAUUAAAGAUCAAUUAAUGCUUAGGUUUUUUAGCAAACGGAAGGAACUUGGUGAAAUGUGUGGCUCCAUUUGUCCUAAGAUAAGAAAGAAAUUGGACAAUAAUGUUAACUUUGCCAACAAUUAUGAAGCGCUGCCUGCAGCAGAAGAUUUGUUUAAAGUUACUGGGUUAUAUGGUGAAUAUGAGGUGCACAUUGGGAAGAUGGAAUGCUCUUGUAGGGCUUGGCAAUUGUCUGGAAUUCCAUGUAGACAUGCAUGUGCAGCUUUUAGGCAUGAAAGGAUAAAACCUGAAACCUGUGUGCACAAAUGCUAUAGUUUGGAUGCCUUCAAAUCUGCUUAUAGUGAGGUAAUCAUGCCAUGUAGUGAUCCUAGAGUUUGGAAGAAAAUGAAUGGUCCUGAAAUAAAACCACCUAAAUAUGACAAGAAAGUGGGUAGGCCUAGUAAGAAGAGAAAGAAAUGCCCACUGGAGGAGGAAGAUGGCACAAGGAUUAGUAGGCACGGCAUCAUUGGACAUUGCAGUGUGUGCAAUCAAACUGGCCACAACAAGAGAAAAUGUCCAGAAAGAGAGAGGAGCAACCAACCUACAGGGGAGCAAGCAGGUCAACCUGAGCCUGAGCAAGAAGGUCAACCUGAGCCUGAGCAAGAAGGUCAACAUGAGCCCAUACAUGUAGUAUAUCCUGAUGAUGAAGAGCAACAGCAACCUCCUAAGAAAAUGCCAGUAAAAAGGAAGUGCAGUGCCAAG